UAUUAAAAAAAAAUUAUUUUUCUAAUCAAAUACACGAUGCCGACAUUUGUAAUGUCCAAGUUACUGGUCGCAUGCCACGUCAGUAAGCAUGAACGGCACGGCACCCCGUCUAUUUUAACGUGUCCUCUUCCAGCUCAACCCAUUUUGGACUUUUACCAACGCCGUCUUUUCUCCGUAAUGGAGCGAAACUCACCGCCGGCGCCGCCCAAAUGGGAAGGCAAGGUUUCCGCAAGACUAAACGGUGCCGUCGCUGACCAAAUAUGGCCUUUGUUCAAGGACUUCUUCAACUUCCACGAGUGGUUUCCUGGCUUAGCCACUUCCUACGGCAUCCACGGCACCAACGGUGAGCCCGGCUGCAUCCGAUACUGCGCCGGAUUCUCCAUCCCCUCCGACUCCGGUGACGAUUCCGUCUCCUGGUCCAACGAAAGAUUAAUUUCCGUCGAUGACGAUUCACGCAGCUUAAGCUACGAAAUCGUGGACUGCAAUAUUGGCUUCGAGUCGUACGUUGCGACGGUGACGAUUGUUCCACAGGGUGAUGAAGGCCAAGCUGGAUGUGUGAUCGAGUGGUCGUUCACCGUUGAUCCGGUGGAAGGGUGGGUACGGGAUGAUUUAGUGGGGAGGUAUGAGGUGGGCCUGCAGCGCAUGGCCCAGAGGAUGGAGGAUGCACUGCGAGUAGGAAUGGAGCGUGACGGGUAGUUGUUUAUUUAUGGCCCGGAGAAUGGAGGAUGCCACGCGGGGAAGUUGGAGCUAGGAGGGUAGUUGGUUGUAAUUCCAAUGUUGUACAGGGUGAAGGGUAGUUG